UACAAAUAAAAAAAUCAACUUGGUUAUAUGUCCACCAAAAAAAUUUCGCCUCUCCAUGACUUAUUUUGGUAAUCAAGUCAAAGUAGUAUUAUUUAUAACAGUAUUUAAAUAGUUAUGAGAAUGGAGUCUAUAAACGAAACAACUUUUCAAGAGUGUGCUGAUACAAAUCUUAUAAAUUCAGUUAAAAAAAUUGUCUACACGAAUGUUAUUGAAACACUCGAUACAAAUGACAGAUAUUUAAUAAUUACGAAUGAAAACGAGCAACACACCGCCUAUGACUCAGGAACAUCAGCAAUCAUAGAUCCAUCGCAUAGUAAUUCUGCAGAGCAAUCAAACUCAUUGACGUCUCUGCAAGAUUUAUGCCGUGUAUGCGCCAACACCAACAGUCACAUGGUUCCGAUAUUCCAAGGCGAAGGAGUGCAGCACGAUUUAAUAAAUAAAAUAAUUAAAUAUUUGCCAAUUAAUGUCACCGAAAAUGACACUUUGCCUCUGCAAUUAUGUUACAAUUGCGCGGCAACUUUGAUUGCUUGGCAUUCUCUGCUAGAGGGAUGUCUGGAUGCUGAACAGAAACUUUUAGGAAUUGAAAAGCAAAUACAAAUUAACGAACAGGCGGAAAAGUCUGCUGUCAAUGAAAUGUCACAGGAAACACUAGUUGAGUCCACAGCAAGUGUAGAAAACAAAAUAAUUGAAAAUUUAGAACAAGGAAAAGAAAGAGGCCAUGAGGAAUCUCGACCACCCAAUGAAGAAAGGUGCCCGGUUAUACAAACCAGAAGUAUUACCUCAAGACAAAUAGAAAUAUCUCCAAUGACAAGCAGUCUUACGAGCAACAAGUCUGAAGAAUUAUCAAGGCAUAUGGCUGAGCAAAUUUAUCAUCAUGAAUCUGAUGAUCUUUCAGAAGAUAAUGAAGACGCUUAUGGUAGUAUCGAUGAAACAAAACCAGAUAAUGAAGAGAAUGAUAAAGUUUCCAAUGAAUCUUCUGACGAAAUGGAACUAAGUGCUGAAGAAAAAGGAAAUACAAAAAAUAAAAUUUUUAAGUCAAGACGUAGAUCACACACAAAGCGAACACGUCCUCGUUGUUAUCCCUGUAUGUACUGCGAUUUUAAAGUGAAUAAAAAAAAAUUAUUGCAAGCACACAUGGUAGAUAUUCAUCCAGACGUACCAAUGGACGAUUUAAUAAAGAAGCCAUCGUGUAUUGACAAAAAAAUGAUUGAAGACGCUCGUAUGGAAGUAGACGGGGUGUCUUAUUACCACUGUAAAGACUGCGGCAAAAAUCUUUUUUCGCCUUACACAUUUUUCUGGCACAAACGAAUUCAUACUGGGGAACGCCCGUUCACUUGCCACCUCUGCGGUAAACAAUUUCGGGUGAAUCAAGGGCUCGCACGACAUUUACAUGAAACACACGAGGGAAUCAAGAAUUUUUCAUGUGACAUUUGCAGCAGAACAUUCGCCACCAAACGGACACUUGAUGAUCACCGGCGUAUACAUACCGGCGAACGGCCGUAUGUUUGCAAUAGAUGUGGGAAAACUUUUAAACAAAAAGCAUCGCUGUUUGUUCACAAUCGUACUCACAGUGAUGUAUUCCCAUUCAAGUGUAUACACUGCGAUCAAUCAUUUCGCACACGUCCAACACUUAUGGUCCACAUCACCAAGCAUACUGGCGAGAAGCCUCACAUUUGUGAUAUUUGUAAUAGACCUUUCAGAAUAAAAUAUGAAUUAAAACGACAUAAACUUGUUCAUUCGGAUGACAAACCCUGGCAGUGUUCUGAUUGUGGAUUAUCAUUUCGUCAAAAGCGUUAUUUAGUUAAUCAUAGACGUACAAAUCAUGGAUGAAUCAGCUGUAAUGGAAAAAUAACUACAGAUAAAUAUUAUUUCAGGUCUCCCAGUGGUAGCCAACGAUUGCGAAUCAAGAAGAAACGAACUACAAGUGGACAACGAACUACUCAACAAAAUACUCUGAUAUCAAAGUCAUUAAUAAUAAUCGACGGAGUAAAUUACUACAAGUGCUUAGAUUGUAAUAAAAUAUUAUCAACUGUUUAUAACUUUUUGACACAUCAAAAUAUUCAUUCGGAAGAUACUCCGUAUGUAUGCAAAUCAUGUGGAAAAGGUUUUAACGCUUUGUCUGGAUUGAAUAGACAUAAAAAAUUAAUCCAUGGUACUAAUAAAAAAUAUCCAUGUGGUCAGUGUGAUCGUAAAUUUUCUUCAAAAGUUACUCGCGAUGAACAUCGACGUACUCAUUUAGACGAGCGCCCAUUUGCCUGUCAACUUUGCGGGAAAGCCUUCAAGCAAAAAUCAUCUUUGCACAGUCAUAAAAAAUUCCACCAGACUCUGACAGUACCUAUACACAAGUGUCCGCAUUGCGACCGUGUAUUUCCACGUCGUCAAGAGCUAGAUAAACAUAUUUUAGUUCAUACUAAAGAAAGACCUUAUUCUUGUAGUAUUUGUGGAAAAAAAUUCCGUACAAGUGGAUGCGUUAGUCGUCACAAACGGACACAUGUUACGGAAAAAAAUAACGAAUGUGAUAUUUGCGGAUCACGAUUUAGUCAAGAGCGAUAUUUAAAAAAUCACCAUCGGCAUAAACAUAAAACACCAACAGUGACAGCAAGUGAGGAUUUACCAUUUAGAAAUAAUCGAUACGAAUAUGAGAAAGCUCGCAAAACACGAGUAUUAACUCUUACUGAAGAUAAAAAGUCGGAAGUCAAAAAAAAUAUUAAUUUAAGUAAUUCAAAAACUCGAGUUUGUAAAUCAGUAACAAAAAAUAUUUCAAUUAAUUCUUCAAAUAAAAAAGAUUGUAAGGACAAGGAAAAAGCUUUGACUUGUCACGUUUGCGGCAAACAUUUUAAAAUAGCGGGUAGUUUUUACUAUCAUAUAAAACACGUGCAUGGAGGUGUCAAAAAUCACUCGUGUGAUUUAUGUAGCAAGUCAUUUGCUAUGAAAAAUACUCUGGAUGAUCACCGCAGAAUUCAUACAGGCGAGCGACCGUACGUUUGUGAUUUAUGUAGCAAGACUUUUAAAGCAAAAGCGUCGUUGUAUAUACACAGAAAAAUUCAUACUAAUAAUUAUCCUUACAAAUGUAAUUAUUGUAAAAAAUCUUUUCGGUGGCGUCAGCAGCUACUGGGUCACUUGACGAUUCACACUGGAGAGAAAAAUCACACGUGUGAAUUUUGUGGAAAAUCAUUUGGAGUCAAGUACGAUUUGACAAGACACAAACGAAUUCAUACGAAUGAAAAACCUUUUGUUUGUGGUCAUUGUGGGAGUAGUUUUGGACAAAAACGAUAUUUAGUUAAUCAUGAGCGUGUUAAACAUCAAUAGACAUUAGUUUAUUACUGACAUUAUUUAAAUACUGCAUCUAUAUGUAUUUUUAUU